GGCGGCGAUCAGUCCGCUUUCGGUGCUCAAGCAUUGCGUUUCGUUCGCCUCCAGCAGCAGCUAACAUACCCCUGACCAAUCCCAUUUCCCGAAACCCAGACCAGACCAGUUUGUGUGACCAGCGAUGACGUACUGAGGUCUCUCGAUCUCUCCUCUCUCUCUCACUGUCUGCUUGGUUCUCCCUCUCUCUAUCGCGCUCUCCUGGUGUGCCAAAAUACAAAUUAUAAACUUAUUAAAUAGUUUUCUUUGCGGAAAGAAGACAACAAAAAGCCAUCAACACCAGGAAAAGCAGAGGCAGCAGCGUUUCUUGUUCAAGUUGAUCGAACAGUCGACCAUAAAAUGGCCAAACAAGAGAGGAAAUCGAAGUGGUUCUUCGGCGGAUUGGCGAGCGUUGGAGCCGCAAUGGUUACCCACCCACUCGACCUCAUCAAGGUCACGCUGCAGACGCAACAAGGACACCUGUCGGUGGCCCAGUUGAUCCCGAAACUAGCCCGUGAACAGGGAAUAUUGGUUUUCUACAACGGCCUCUCCGCCUCGAUGCUCCGACAAAUGACCUAUUCCACGGCACGAUUUGGGGUCUACGAAGUUGGAAAGGACUACGUCAGGACGGACACCUUCUCCGGCAAGGUGGCCCUGGCUGGACUAUCGGGCCUCGUCGGUGGAAUCGUGGGAACUCCAGCGGACAUGGUCAACGUGCGGAUGCAGAACGACGUAAAAUUGCCCAAGGAACAGCGACGCAACUAUAAGAACGCCUUCGAUGGACUGUUCAGGGUGUAUCGGCAGGAGGGAUUCGCGCGACUCUUCUCUGGCGCCACCACAGCGACUGCCCGUGGAAUCCUGAUGACCAUCGGCCAGAUUGCUUUCUAUGACCAGACGAAGAUCUACCUGUUGGCAACACCUUAUUUCCAAGACAACCUGGUAACGCACUUCACCGCCUCUCUGGUCGCUGGAACGAUAGCCACCACUCUGACCCAACCGUUGGAUGUACUAAAAACGAGAUCAAUGAACGCGAAACCCGGAGAAUAUGCUGGACUUUGGGAUGUGGUCAAGCAUACGGCCAAAUUGGGACCUCUUGGUUUCUUCAAGGGCUAUGUACCGGCCUUUGUGCGUUUGGGUCCUCAUACGAUCAUCACGUUUGUGUUCUUGGAGCAACUGCGUCUGAACUUUGGCACCAAACAAAGCUAGCCGGGAUCCUGAACUUGAUUCGACAAAUAGGCAAUAAUUCUCCCAUGGCUGGCUGGCAGAUUCCCUUGAGCAAUGCUAACAUUCCAGCUGCAAUUCGUUCACUACAGUAUCGAACAUAACUUAAGUAUAGACAGUUCCAAUUGUUAACCAAGAUGCUUUUAUGAUAGCAAAAUAUUUGUUGUUAAGCCUUUCAUGACCGUCUAUAUCCCGAAACAUGUUUGCUUUACCUACAGGACUUGAUACAUUUUUAAACAUAUUUUUCCUUAUUUGCUUACAAUUCGUCAUGAAUAUUAAUUUAUAGUUGAAAUAUAUACUUUAGAUUUUUGGUAAUUCGUUGCUUAUAAAACUACUUUUUCACAAAGGACUAAAAUAUUUUUUCCGGAACCUGAACAAACUUUCGGUUAUUAUAAAAAUAAGGGCAUGAAAGGUCUAAGUUAAGCUCGAUCGUACUUCAUCGUCAUUGCCGUUAGCCGCUGUUAGCAAUUAACUAUAAUCUGAGCAUUUGCUUGUUGUUGCUUUAUGUGUUAAGACUGCCAUGCAAUAAUUUAAUAAAAACAAACGCAAAAAAGUAUUUUGUUUUGAGCAGUAGUUAUCAAAU